UUGUUCCCGGCCAUGUCUGUUCAGUUAAAAAUAGAAUUCCAUUGAAAACCGGCUUCUUUCAUUCGCAACGUUUACAGCGUGUCGAUUUACCCGGUGAAAAGAAGCAGUGUUUAUAUGUCAUAAAUAAUGCGUGCUGGAUGGAAAGCUUAUUAUUACCAACGCUCGUAAAUGACCUUUUCUAGGUUUGAUGCUUAUAGCAUAAACAUUGAUUACCGGGGCGACAGGUGUGGUGACUGAGAGACAAAUAUUGCGCGAUUAGACAGUAGUUCAGUGUGGUUUGUGUCUUCGUUGCGGAGUUUCCCGUCUCGGUAGCUUUUCGCCCGGCCCUAUUUGAGGUACACAGUUUAUUGAAAUGUCUUGGAAGAAGCCUUCUGUUACCGCAACGAAAGAAGCUUUAAUCGGUUGCAAUGGUUCUGUGAAGCGAAACUAUAAAGCAAACUUUAGUCCAAAUGAGAGAAAGUUUAUGGAGAGAAUCUGCAACGAAGACGACAAGUUUUUUAAACCGAUUAAAAUCCUUGGGGACGCAGACUGGCUCUCAAACCACGAGGAGUCGGGGCAGACAUUCGAAUCUUUUUGGCGGAGCUACGCUAACGGAGAAUUGCAAGGUACAUUACAAAAUGACGGAGGGACACCAGCAGCAUCAAGGCCGCAAACAGCUCGAGCCAGUCGCCCACCAAGGUUCGCAGGUUCAAAACGACCAACUGGUAAAACCAAGACGAUAUGCAUCUUACAGCUUGGUCCGUUUCCCGGGGACGAAGAUAAAGAAAGUAAAGUAGAUAAACCGAAUGAUUUCAUGGUCUGGCUGAAAAGCUAUUGCUCAGCUUUCUUUUACUCGGCAAAGGUGGUAGUGUUACCACCGGUGUCUGUCGCCGACGUUGCAUGUCAGUUCAGAGUUAACGAACUAACUGGAAGGUUUCAAUUAAAAGCGGCUGAUAUUCUCAAGCAUUUACACAAGGCAAAGCCGAAACACGCUGACUGUUUGGUCGCUGUAACUAUGACCGAUCUCUAUCCGAGGCCAAACUGGGAUUUCGUGUUCGGGCUUGCUUCAACUAACGCAAGUGGAGAGUUCGGUGGCGUUGGUGUAUUUAGUUUUGCACGAUACGACGAUAUUUUCUACGAAACUUGGACGCAAGGCAAAGACGAAAUGAGAAGGUUACCAUCUGGUGAGCUGGACUACAGUGUAUUUGAGAAGCCGCCAAAGCGGGUGGACGGUUCCACCAUUCCAGUGACUGACAUAUUGCUGCUACGUGCGUGCAGGGUGAUGGCUCAUGAAGUCGGCCAUAUGUUUGGACUUAAGCAUUGCAUCUGGUCCAAGUGUUUAAUGAAUGGUUCAAAUCAUAUUCAGGAAUCGGACAUGAGGCCUUCUUUUCUCUGCCCUGUUUGUCUGAGGAAGUUACAGGUAGUUCUCGGCUUCGACAUACUAGCUCGCUACAAAGCGAUGAAAGAGUGGUCGUCUUGCGAAUUUUGGAAAGACUAUAAGUAUUGUCCAGGAGAAAACAAUAUUCCAACAACAAAGAGUAAGAGUGCGUCACUUCCGAUGUGGGAACGUCGUACUUUAUUACCUGACACUGUUACGAGGCCAAAAACAGCAGUGUUGACAAGAAAAAGCGUUUAUUUAAAGCGACCAGCUUCGUCAAAACUAAGUAUUUUGCAAUCAAAGGCAAAACCGGCACCGAAGGUACCCACUAUCCCUACUUUGUUGCAUAAAAAGAAGUAUUAUGACGUCACAGUGCCACCUCUAGAAGAAUUCGAAGGAUUUCGAGACUGGCUCUCGGACGCUAUAGAAACUCUAACCCUUGAUCACUAAACAAUUUUUACAUUGCUGCGUGCAAUUUCGUAGAAUAUAGAAAUUAGGGGCAUAGGUAUUAAUGUGCAAAAUUACUGUUUUAAACAGACAGGUAUACUAAAAGUUAAAGACUUAUAUUACGAAAUCUUUCUUUAGGUAUAGUAUUUUUCUGUGGGGUAAGAUGGAU